AAGAAAAAAAGGGGUCAGAAAAAGUGGAAAAUUUGAGUUUUUUGUUUGCGCCUCUCUCUCUCUCUCUCUCUUCUUUGAAUACUCAAAGAAAUUUGUUACCCAUUUCUCGUUUCUGCAAUUUUCCCUCUUUAUUCUUCCAUUUCUUCUUGUAAUUGUUGUUUGAGUUUUGGGUUUGGUUCUAUUUCCUUAAAUGAGGCGCUGAAAGUAAAGGGUACGAAGAAAAAAGGCAUUUCAUAAGGUUUUUUGUUCUUAUUUCUUCUUUAAAUUUGUACCCAUUUCGUGUUGAGGAUGGGCAAUUCGUUUGGGUGUUCGGCGUCUGGCGAGCGAUUGGUAUCGGCUGCGAGAGAUGGCGACUUGGUUGAGGCUAAAAUGCUUUUAGAUUGCAACCCAUAUCUCGCUAAAUACACUUUCGGUGGCCUUAAUUCCCCUCUCCAUUUUGCAGCUGCUAAAGGCCACAACGAGAUUGUGUCCUUGUUGCUUGAAAAUGGAGCUGAUGUUAAUUCCAGGAACUAUUGUGGGCAGACAGCAGUGAUGCAAGCUUGUCGAUAUGGGCACUGGGAAGUUGUGCAAACUCUUCUAAUUUUCAGAUGUAAUGUAAUGAGAGCAGACUACCUCAGCGGUCGGACCGCUCUCCAUUUUGCUGCCAUCAAUGGUCAUGUGAAAUGUUUAAGACUUAUUAUGGCUGAUUUUGUUCCUAGCGUUCCUUAUGAGGCUAUUGCUAGUCAGACAGAUGCCAACAGAAGUGAUGGUGUUAAUGUGAAGAACAGAUGUGAACAAGGUGAUUUGUCCAAGUUUAUAAAUAAGGCAGCUGAUGAUGGCAUUACCGCUCUUCAUAUGGCAGCACUAAAUGGCUAUUAUGAUUGUGUUCACCUUCUUCUUGACCUGCAUGCCAAUUUUGCAGCAGUAACAUUUCAUUGCGGGACCUCUAUGGAUUUGAUCGGAGCUGGAAGCACUCCGUUGCAUUAUGCAGCAUGUGGGGGUAACUUGAAGUGCUGUCAGAUUCUCCUUGCAAGAGGCGCCUCUCGAAUGACUUUGAAUUGCAAUGGGUGGCUUCCUCUAGAUGUAGCCAGAAUGUGGGGACGCCAUUGGCUUGAACCUCUGCUAGCUCCUAAUUCAGACUCUAUAAUACCAAGAUUCCCCACUUCGAACCACCUAUUAUUGCCUCUAAUGAGUGCAUUAAACAUCGCCAGAGAAUGUGGUUUUAAGUCGAUGGGAGUGACCUCCGACGACAGGGAUACCUGUGCUGUCUGUCUCGAAAGAGUAUGUUCCGUGGCUGCAGACGGAUGUGGACAUGAGCUUUGUGUAAAAUGUGCGCUCUAUCUUUGUUCGACGAGUAAUAUCCAAUCGGAAAUGACUGGUUCGUCGGGCUCGAUUCCGUGCCCCCUUUGCAGACAUGGGAUUAUAUCUUUUGUAAAAUUGUCUAGUGCCACAGAAAAGGAAAAACAACUUCACCUCUCUCUUAGCAUAUGCAACUCAUGCAUGCUUCAUAACGGUGACGCCGAAGAUCCAGUUUCGACUUGUUUGCCAGAUAUCCGGAGGAAUCGUGUGGCUAUGAUUUCUUCAGAUGUAUUCUGCCCAGUAACUUGCAGCCCAUUUCAUUCUUCUGCUAUUCCUGUGUGUACGUGCAACAAUGGUACAUGCCCGAGCUUCGAGUCCUGAGAUGUCGGAACAGAAGAUGAAUCACAUCGUCAAUCGCAAACAAACCCAAUCGACCAGGUGAAAUUGGGAGGUCAGAGACCAGAAACAACUUGCUGUUCAAGCAUGUUUUGUGGCAGGAGAAGCUGUAGUAGGGAGAAUCAAUGCAACUCGGAGAUAAACGCUUGACAUGUCUGGUCGGUAUCGGGUCAAUCAUCUGGACGAGCUUGAGAAUCUAUAGUAACAGCGAUACAUUCUGGAUGUUCGGGUUGAUAUAUAUAUAUAGGUAAUGGAUACGAAGUUUGGCAUAAAGUGGUUCGUUUUUGUCUUCGGUUGUGUUCCCUAUUUUCGUGAUGGGUUUAGGAGGGCUGGUGGGUGUGAAUAAUUUGUUUGUAUGGCAGCAGAUGUGGGAAUGCUGUGGUUCAUGUCAUUGCUGCUGCCUGUACUAAUUGGUAGGGAAGAUUGUAAAAUUUGUAUGUUGGGAUUUUUGUUUCAGCCUUCAUUGUAAUUGAAUGAAUGACAGUAAAAGAAACACAAGGGAAUACUAUUUUCCUCUUUUUCAUUAUUAAUAUCAAAUACCUUAUUGGAUUU